CAGCACCCGAAGCGGGCCGGCCAGCCGGAACAUCGGCGAGAGCUGUGGGUGGUUCGAAGUCGCUCCUGAAGCAGCCGCAUUUUAAAAGUAGGGCUGUUGCUGCGGCAGUGGAAGGAGGCAUAGCGACCAUUUUAAGCGAAAAGCGGCUUUAUAUUGAGUUCCAGAAGGAGCCCGUAGGUGACCCUACGGUCAACCAUUGUGCAGUUUUUAUAGUUGCAUUAUUUCGAGCCGCCAAUUACGAUUUUAUUCGUACAUCAUUUUAAAAUUGGGCUUCCUGCAGAGCGGCGACAAAUGGUGAAGCCAAGAGCGGACAUCUUUAUUGAUGGCAGCCCUCACAACAUUGGGAUACUCCUUUCGUCUAUUGGUUGCUCUAGGAGCAGGCGCUUCCGGACUGGCCAAUCGUCUCGCGACUUCCAUCCGCUGUCCGCCAUCUUACCUUUGGUCAUGCUCAACCACAGCGGUGUUUAGUGAAGCCUCUAGUCGCCUUCUUGGUUGAGGGCGGAAGCGAGGACUGCGUAGCGCGGGCGGUGGCCGCACAGUUCUAUACCCACGUGGUAGCGGCGCUCAGGAUGCUUCGCCGUGAGGCCCGCCUGCGCCGCGAGUACCUGUACCGCAAAGCCCGCGAGGAGGCGCAGCGCGUGGCCCAGGAGAAGAAGGAGAAGGUGCGGCGCGCGCUCGAAGAGAACCGUCUGAUCCCCACGGAGCUGCGCAGGGAGGCCCUGGCCUUGCAGGGCUCCCUGGAGUUCGACGACGCUGGCGGUGAAGGUGUGACCAGCCACGUGGAUGAUGAGUAUCGUUGGGCAGGGGUUGAGGAUCCCAAGGUCAUGAUCACUACUUCCCGAGACCCCAGUUCCCGCCUCAAGAUGUUUGCAAAGGAGCUGAAGCUGGUGUUUCCCGGCGCCCAGCGCAUGAACCGCGGCCGACACGAGGUGGGGGCGCUGGUGCGAGCCUGCAAAGCCAACGGGGUCACGGACCUGCUGGUCGUCCAUGAGCACCGAGGCACUCCCGUGGGGCUCAUUGUCAGCCACCUGCCCUUCGGCCCCACCGCGUACUUCACGCUGUGCAACGUGGUCAUGCGGCACGACGUCCCCGACCUGGGCACCAUGUCGGAAGCCAAGCCCCACCUCAUCAUGCACGGCCUUUCCUCCCGCCUGGGCAAGCGCGUCUCCGACAUACUUCGUUACCUGUUCCCUGUGCCCAAAGAUGACAGCCACCGGGUCAUCACCUUCGCCAACCAGGACGACUACAUCUCCUUCCGGCACCACGUGUACAGGAAGACCGGCCACCGAGACGUGGAGCUGACUGAGGUCGGGCCCCGCUUUGAGCUGAAGUUGUACAUGAUCCGCCUUGGCACUCUGGGGCAGGAGGCCACCGCAGACGUGGAGUGGCGCUGGCACCCCUACACCAACACCGCACGCAAGAGGGUCUUCCUGAGCACAGAGUGAGGCCCGGGCAGCCGCGACUGCUGUGGGCUGUGGGCUCAGGCCAGCAGGCAGGGCAGGUCCCAAUAAAGUCUGCCACGCUGCCCCCUUUGCCUCCGAGUGGUUCGGACAAGGCUGCUGUUGGGGGAGUUGUGAGGGAUGUUAUGCACAGGGGCCUGACAGCUCGGGACACUCGGGCCUGGUGUUGACACUGCCCAGGGCAGCCCAGGCCCACUGUGCUGGCUUGCUCCGGAGCUGUUGGGUGGGGGGCAGCCCGGGGCCUGUGGGGGAGCUCAUCGUCUGGGGGUGCUCCCCAGGGUUGCUCGCAUCUCCCCAGAGCUGGCCCCUCUGCGUGCCAGCUCGCAGGCACACUUCCACUCGCCACGGACACGGGGACCCUUUAGGGACUCCCCACACCCUUGUUGAUUUGGCCCUUCCUGGGCCCACUUGCCUAGCACGUGCCCAGGGCCCUGGCUUCGCACGUGGGGGUCAUGACCCUGCUCUGCAUAAUGCACACACGCUGAUGGGGAAGUGAUGGCAGGUGAGGUGAGGACAGGACUCAUAAGACAGAGGUGGGAUGGGGUGGGGAGGGAGAGGCCUCUGCAGGAGCCCCAGCUGGUACGUGGGGCAGCACCACACCAUUCAGGGGGAGCAAGGGGUAGGACCUCGCCGGAUGGCCCUGACUUCAGGCCCCGGUCCUGGGAGGCCGGUGAGCUGCUUCAGGGCCUUCCGGGACCUCGCCCACCUUCCCGCAGCCUCACCGCGGGGAAGAACGUGCCGUUAAAACUUGUGCAAGUCAGGGAGAUUCCAAAAUGCAUCCGAAAGCAACUGGUGGGUGUUUCUCCCCCUCUUUCUCUCUCUAAAAAAAAAAUGAAAUCUUUCAAUAAAAAGAAGCAAGAUGCAAA